CGGAAGUAUUGGUGCUAGAAAGGCGGAUCCCUUUGUGCUAAUUUGUCUUUCUCUAUUUAGUUUCACGCGUUCCCUGUGUUCUUUCGUGUUUUACCCACAACAGCAAUAAAAUUAAACCCCAGUGCUUGGAAUCAAGGCACUUUUUUUUAAGAGUCAUCUUAUUUGUCCCCCCCCCGCCCCGCCGUGACGACAGGAAGGGAAGAGUACCCCCUCCCCGCUAGCAACAAAGCUAACUUUUUUAAACAUCACUCUUUAGCAUUGAAGCCCAAGCAGCUAGCAGCGGCAACACUCUCACACUAGAAGAACAGCAAAAUGUGCGACAAAGACCUGACGUGGGCAUUGAAGACCGGGGACGUUGCCGAGGUGGAGGGCAUGCUGAAAAAGGCUGAGGACGUGAACCGGACCCUGGAUGGCGGCAGGAAGCCUCUGCACUACGCUUGCGACUUUGGUCGGAAGGAAAUGGUGGAGUUCCUCAUCUCCAAGGGAGCAGAUGUCAACGCCCCCGACAAACACGGCCUCACCCCGUUGAUCUCCGCCUGCCUGGAGGGCCAUGCCAGCUGUGUCAAGGUCCUCCUAGACAAGCAUGUGCCAAAGCUGAGAUGUAGUGGAAUAUAUACUACAGUAGAACUUCUUAGCAAAAUAUCAACGUUGGCAUCCUUUCAUGUUUCACUCUGUGGCCCCGGCUGGAGGAAAAGGUAAGGACACUCCUGUUGUAGACGCUCGGUGCAUCGUGGGACGUCCGGUAUUGUUUUGAAGCUGCCCAGUCGGGUCUGGCCUGCUGUCAUCCAGUAGCUGAGAGGCACGGAGCCAAAGGAGGCCGUCCGUCCGCACGUCUUGAUUGUUUCCACAUGAGAAGCCAGACGGCCCGAGGAGGAGGAAGAUGAGGAGGAGGUGACAGAGAGCAACAAGAGGUCUCCAUGGAGGACGCGUAAAGAGAGAUGCUUCCAAGAUGUUGUGGAAGGUCGUCCUAUUGAUUUCUUUGUCCUUCAUCCUGGUGGACGUUCAGUACUGUCACGCAGGUACAGUACGUCUUUUAUUUUCACAUCUUGUUUCUGGAUUUCACCACUCAGGAAAUAGCUGGAAGUCUUUUGCUCAGUCACAUGAUCCUAAAACAACUUUUAUUGUGAAAGUGCUUUGACUACCCCGGAUACUUUCCGCAUUCGUGUCCUCGGACUCUGCGUCCUCUAAGGAAGGUAUGUCAGUGGGAUUGAGAAGGGUCUCAAAGUAUUCCUUCCACCGUCCGACUAUAUCCUUAGUUGAGGUCAGCAGGCUUCGUGGGGACCGGGCACUGCUUUCCCUUUCUGAGGCAUCAGACGGUUUGCAAGAAUCUCUUCAAGGCCGACCGAAAGUUGUGCUCCAUCCUUCCACACCUGAGUUUUUACUCAACCUCCGCCGAAGCCACGUGCUGCUUGGCCUGCCGGUACUUGUCAGCUGCUUCAGGAGUCCCACAAGCCAUCCAUGCUUCAAAGGACUCCUCCUUCAGCUUGACGGCAGCCCCGACCUCUGGUGUCCACCAUCGGGUUCGGGGCUUGCGACCGGCACCGACCACCUUGCCGCCCAGACACCCGGCCUAAACCGCCACCCAAAACACACAUUGCACCAGAGCCCCACCCUCGGGCCUGGCUCUAGUGUGAGGACCCGGUGUCCCACGUCCGGGCAAGGUGCGCUCCGUUUGCUCUUGUCCAUAAGGUCUUCUGAAUCACUCUUGGUCUGGCCUGUCACCUACGACCUGUUUGCCUUGGGAGGCCCUACCAGGGGCAUAUAGCCGCGGACAACAUAGCUCCUAGGAUCACUCAGGCACUCAACCCCCCCCACCACCAUAAGGUGCUGAUUCACGGAGGAGUCAUUUACUGCUAUGCCAGAAUUAUACUUAUUAUACAUAAUUAUCCAUUCAUCCAUCCAUCCAUUUUCUUUGGCUUAUCCGAUUCCAGGUCACGGGGGCAGCAAUCUCAGUAGGGAAGUCCAGACUUCCCGUUCCCCAGACACCUCUUCCAAUUCCACCGGGAGGACACCAAGGCGUUCCCAGGCCAGCUGUGAGACAUAAUCCCUCCAGCGUGUCCUAGGUCUGCCCCGGGGGCCUUCUCCCGGCUGGGCAUGCCCGGAACACCCCACCAGGGAGGUGUCCAGAAGCCACCUCAACUGGCUCCUCUCCAUGUCAAGGAGCAGCAGAUCUACUCUGAUGGUCUCCCAAGGCAAACAGGU